UUUUUUUUUUUUUUGCUCUAUUUAUCUAUCUAUCUCUCUUUCAUUAUAAUGAAUAAUAAAGAAUUCGAACAAGAACCUCCUAGUUAUGAUCACGCUUUUCAAACUAACCUUGAUCCCCAGAAUCAAGUUUACCAGUUUGGAAAAAUUCAUGAUGCAUCACUUGAUUCUUAUGAAAGAGGAGAAAUGUUCAUUCAAGCAUUUGAAUCAUCCUUGGACUCAUUUCCUUUAAAAGAAGCUCAAGAAAUCAAACAAAAUGGAUUUAUCAAUUGUAUACAACUUAAUAACCCGACUACUCCUUUACAUUCUUCUUAUAAUACACAUCCUAAACAACUACAACAACAACAAACACAUGUACCUUUCCUUAUCAAGGAUACCUAUUGUAUUCAAUUUUGGCCUUAUAUGAAAGGACAAGAACCAGACCUGGAUGUGACAGUUCAUGGUACACAUCCAUUUUUAAAGCUAUCUGACUAUGCUGAUCAUCAUCAGAGUACAUUAUUAUUAACACAGCAUUAUUUCGAAAUCACUCUACAGAGAGUAUUCAAUAAGGAUAUUGUCUUGGCUAUCGGUUUAUGUACUCAACCGUACCCUAUCUUUCGUAUGCCAGGUUGGAAUAAGUUUUCGAUAGGUUAUCAUAGCGAUGAUGGACACAAGUUCUGUGAUGAUGCAACAGGAGGUCAAGCCUUUGGUCCUAGUUGGACAAAAGGGGAUACAGUAGGCUGUGGUUACUGUCCGGAUACUGGCAAUGUCUUUUUCACUUUAAAUGGUGUAUGGAUAUGGCAAGCCUUCGAAGGCCUUGGGCGUCAUUACUACUAUCCAAGUAUUGGUGCUGAUGGUCCUGCUCAAGUAGAGGUUAACUUUGGUCAAAAACCAUUCCAAUAUCCAAUUGAAAAUUGGAUAGGAAAUUAUAUUUAAAGAAGAAGAAAAAGAAAAAGAAAACCAAAAAACCAUAAAAAAGAAAAAUAAAUAAAAGAAAUAAAAGGCUUUAAUAUUCAUUUUGAAGAGA